CUCUGGACGUACAACGAGCAACGUAGCGGAUCUACGCGAGAGAGGGGAGCGGUGAGGCUGUCUCCCCCUAAACAUGCGUCUUUUCCCCAGGGUGGACGUGCCCAAAGUGACCCGGGAUGGAGCUCUUCCUGCCGCCUAAACCUUCGCUGUAGUUCGGCUGCAGAGAGACACCCGGGGCUUUAAGACAAACAGAGGUAUCUGCCCUCUUUAUUUAUUCAGGAGAGAAGAUGGCGGAGUUCUCUCCCGUCCUGCCGAUGCGGGAUGGAGGAGGAGGUCGACUUGCCCAGCCCAUCUUCCCGCGGUCCAGGUCGGGUUCCGAGUCCGAAAGCGAACUGUCCCAGAGCCUGGCCCGGACCAAGAUCCGUUCGUACGGAAGCACAGCCAGCGUCACUGCAUCCCUGGGGGAGAAAUACAUAGAGCAUCGGGUUACAGACAGCGAUACUCUGCAGGGGAUUGCUCUCAAAUACGGUGUGACGAUGGAGCAAAUCAAACGAGCCAACAAGCUGUUCAGCAACGACUGCAUCUUCUUGAGGAACAGCCUCAACAUCCCCGUGGUGUCGGAGAAGCGCUCCAUUUUUAACGGACUGUCUCUGGAGUCUCCUGACGGGGACGGGGAGACGGCAAACCAGGACGCGCACGUACCCCAUGUUAUGACGCAGGACAUCGAGGGACCCUCGCCCCCCUCAUCGCCGCCUCCCGAGAACUCCAACGCCCCCCAGCCUCAGCCUCAGCCCGAGGAGCUGUCAGCCAAAGACUUCUUGCACAGACUGGACUUGCAAAUCAAACAGUCAAAGCAGGCUGCACAGAGACUGAAGGAAGAGGAAGUAAGGAACAACGAGGAGGAUGACACGGCCCCCAAAACGUCAUACCAUGAGCUUUAAGGGAAGCAGUCCGUUCAUGCGACCAUAAACACAACCUCAUCCGUUUCAGUUCAUCUUGCUGAACAAGUGUCAUGUUUGCCUUCUUAUUUAUUAGACGGUAAUUAUUUGUUUUAUUAUUUCUUUUUCUUUCUUCUUCCUCUUUUCUUUUUUACCGUUUCAUCUGCUUCCUGAGCGUAUUCACGCGAAGCUGCUGUACAGAGCACACCAGCCGCAUUCGUCCUCACAGGGAGACAUGACGCGCUGAGAUUAGGCACCAUAAAAGCCCCCGAUGUUUUUUAAAAAAAAUAAAAUAAAAUGUUCUCAGAAGAAACCAAUCAUUGGAAAGCUAAAGCUUUUCUCAUCAGUGUUUUCUCCCUGCGUGAGCAAAAUCCUGCUAAAGUGAGGUGAUGGAUGGACUCAAGCCUUUGAACACAUUUGCCUCAUCAAAGUCUUUGUUUGUGUCGGAAAAAGAGAGUUCUAUUUUUGAAGUGUGAAUGCAUUAUUUAUGUGUGUGGACAACAUGUCUGUAACAGCUGUUUUAUUGUGCUUUUAAACUUCUUUGGUUGUAUUUGCGGAAAUAAAUAAAUAUGUAUUUAAGCCAUA